AUGUGCAAAGCCUUCUCAUUAUCACUCAAGGAAGAGGCAUUGGAAUUGUAUAACACUCUUCCUCCCAACACAGUGGAUUGCUUCGCCAUUGUGGAAACCCUCUUUAGAAGGAAAUAUGCCUCCAAUCGGAAACAGGAGAUAACACCGGCGGAAUUGGUAAAUACUAAGCAGGAGAACAGGGAAACUUUGAAGGCCUUUAUGAAAAGGUAUACUGAAAUCGCACGACGAGUUAAAGAGGCGCGACCACCAAAAACUAUGGAAGAGCUCCAAGAGAGAGCAGCUAAAUUCAUCCGUAUGGAGGAAAUGCGAAUCUCGCAGAGAAAGCGGCAACAAGAAGCUGAUGUAGGCGGAGGCAGAAGGGACGACAAGCAACCAUUCGACAAUAAUGAUAAAAGUACGGAGCUUCCCCGAACAUUUAAGUUUAACCAUUAUACAACCCUUAGUGCACCUAGGGCAAAGGUUCUUGAAGAGGCCAUCAACGUAGAGCUUCUCACACCACGAAGGAAACCAUCUCCAAAAAACGCCGACGGGAGGAAGAGCUGUCGUUUCAAUCAGAACCAUGGACAUACUAUAGAAGAAUGA